AUGGAACCUUCUGCCUGCGAAGAUUUGAAAGCAUUUGAGAGACGACUCACCGAGGUUGUGUCUUCUUACCGUCCGUCAACUGUACGCUGGAGAAUUGUUUUAGCUGUAAUAUCAUUGUGUACUGCAAUCGGCGCUUGGUAUUGGUUGCGAGAUCCCAGAACGUCAGUUGUACCUCUAACAGAAUCGCUCCUCAUUCAUCCUGUAUUUACAUUCGCCACAUUAACAUUACUUGUUUUAUUUGUUUUUGGAAUACACAAACUUGUUAUCGCUCCACAAAUUAUAACAUCAAGAAUGCGUAGUGUGCUUGGUGAUUUUAAUAUGAGCUGUGACGAUACAGGAAAACUUAUUUUAAAGCCGCGACCGAAUAACAAUUGAUGAGAA